AUGCGCGGACGGUCAAGACGUCGCUCUCUGGUGAGGGAUGUCACUAGCAGUGGGAGUUUCUAUGGCUACAUCGGAGAGCUGCGCAGCGCCUUCGACCCAAAUUCCGUUCUCCUCCAGAGCUGGCACCAACUUCUGUUCGGUUGUCUGCUGUAUGAAGCGUUCUUGCUUCCAUUCGUCGUGACUUUUGCAACUAAAAACUCGCUCUUAUCGUCCACUGCGGCAUUUCGGGUCUUCUACGGUGCAGAAUUUCUAUUCUGCGCCGAUUUUUACGUGGCACUUAACACUGGCUCCUACGAGGUUGGCAACAUCCAUCGAGACAAAGGCAGAGCUCGAGCCAAGUACCUCAAGUCGGUUGGGUUCUUCCUCGACAUUGUGGCUAUCAUCCCGCUGUCUCUCGUCCUCCCUCUGCUACGUGUCAGACGAGUGCCAGGGUACUUGUCGAACCUCGACAAUGUCUAUGCGAAAUACUUCCGAGCUCUCAAGUGGCUGAAGAUUCUGGUAGCCACAGCGUUUGUGGCUCAUGUCAUAGCGUGUGGUCGCUUCGCAUUCGGCUGGAGAGACCGAAGUGCGCAGGUGUCAGACGGUUGGCUGCCUCUGGGGAGUGAGUCACUGGACACACAGUACGUACAAGCUCUGUUUUGGAGCGUGGGGCUGCUCACUGGGGCCUUUGAGGGUGCACUGCCACGACGCAACUCGGAAUUCCUGUUCACUUUGACGGUCAUGCUGCUAGGGUUUGUUCUCUUCGUCUAUGCUUGCUCCACUCUGUUCAUGUUGUCCAAGUCGGAGAGCAAUCAGACGGUGCUGGCUCAAGCGCGCAUCAAUCAACUGCGGCACUUGCUUACGUUCCAUGGCGUACCAGAAAUGCUGCAGACGGAGGCGAUGGAGUAUCUCAAGCGUCAUUACACUGACGCAGAGUCGAAUGAUCGGGAGGUGGUAAAGCUGCUGUGUCCGUCAAUUUCCAAGGACAUCCAAGUGGAGUUAUUGAAGGAUAUGGUCGGUCGCAUCCCGCUCUUCCGUGGCUGCAACCAACAGUUCAUUGUGGCGCUUACCAGUCUGCUAGAGAUGACGAGUUUCCCUGCCCAUGUCACGCUUUUUGAGGCUGGAGACCAAGGAGACUACAUGUACGUGGUCAACUCGGGAGUGCUCCAUAUCUUGGUCAACGGAGUGAAAGUGCGUGAGCUACGACAAGGAAGCUUUUUCGGUGAAGUGUCAGUGUUCUCCAAGAGACCACGGUCUGCUGCGGUCGUGACGACCUCGUACUGCACUCUCUAUCGCCUUUCAAGGUUCCACACGGAGCGGGUUAUGGAAGGUUACCCGGACUGCGCCGCAGAAAUCGCGUCGUCAAUCGACGAGAUGGUCAACGAGCGAGAAACAGCCAAAUCCUCGCACGGAGGGGGCGAGGAGUAUAUGCUGACGACGUUGCUUCAUUUGUCCUCGAAGUCGCCAAUAAAAAAGAAGCGUCCGUCGUUGCGAGAUCGAGCGAAAAAGGCGCGAUCUUCUCUGGUGCGUAGUAAGUCAACAAGAGCACUAUCGUCGUCACGUCACUCGGAAUACGACGGAGGGAACGCGUCAAUGAGCGAGCAACGUGCCAGGAACUUCACGCCAACUCCGAUUGUGUCACCGUCCAAAGUCAUGGCUACGUCACCUGAAACAGCAAAAUUGGUGCGCAGCCAGUCCGCUCUGAAAAGCUCAACGAGUAUCCCUCCAGACUCAAUGCAAGGAUUUUACGACAAUUUAUCUCGACGUCGUGGGUCUCAACAAUUGGCUGACGACGCCUUGUCUCGCGUCUUCUGUCGCCUUCUGAUGCGUCGUGUAGUGGACCACUCGUCUCGGUGGCGGAAAUACUGGCUUAUUGUCCUCCAAGUGCACUUGGCUGCGAACUGCUUCAUCGUAUCGCUGCUGCUGUGCUUCCCCAUACUGGAUUGUCCGAUGAUCAACCGUGGCGCACAAGCAGGCUACGUUCUGAUGGAUAUUCUCUUGGGUAUCGACAUGUAUCUGAACUUCCAUCUGACCUACACGACUGGCCGAAAGAAAGUCACAGACCCUUCGCUCGUAGUGAAACACUAUCUCCGUGGAUCUUUCGUCCCAGACUUGCUGUGCUGUGUACCCUAUCGGCUGCUCGUACCACUCGGUGGCUCGACAGUUCUACUGACCCAUCCAGCCUUACUUCGACUACCAGUGUUGCUGCGUGUUUGGCACAUCAAAGGCCACUUGAAGGAGUGGGAGACUUCAUUCCGUCUUAGCCGUAAGGGCUGGUUUCUAGCUGCUGGGAUGGCCUACUUGCUGUCACUUCAUCUCGUGGCAUGCGUGUACUUCAGUCUCACCUACCAUUCCAACACCUCCUACGCACCAGCAGAAGCGCACGCUGUAGCAGGGAUGCAGUACACACGCGCGCUUUACUUUGCAGCAACAAUGCUCACCACACUGGGCAAAACAGUCGAGCCGUCAUCAACUUUGCAGUACUCUGUAGCACUCGUCUUCAUGCUGUGCGGGUUUCUCUCGAUGGCGGUGAUGGUUGACAUGAUGCAGACACGAAUCACGGCGUCGGCGUUCGAGCAGAAGGAGUUUCUAGUGACACGCACGCGUGUUCAGCGAUUCAUCAAGUCCCGCACGGUCCCUUCAGGUGUUCAACAGCGGGUGAAGUCGUUCUUGGACUUCUGGUGGUCUUGUCACCGCGGCGCCGUCGCUGGUGACCUACUUAACGACCUUCCUGAGACGAUCAAGCGUCCAGUCUUGCGGAGUAUGUGCCAGUCGGCACUACGCACGCUGUCACUUCUGGCAGAUGUUCGGCCUUCAUUGGAUGCGCUGGAGCAGGUAUUCGUUGACAACGUUCGGUUCAUUCUUUAUGGACAGGGCGAGGUCAUUUACAGACAAGGAGACUACGCCAGUGGACUCUUUUUCUUGCUCGAGGGCGAGCUGAUUAUUAUCGUCGAUGGUGGCGCCCCUCGCACACUUGUGAAAGGUGGCUUUAUUGGGACUGCUGCGCUGAAUCUGAGCGAGACAUCCGUGAGCUAUGCAGAGCGCGUGACAGCCGCAAGUGGCUGCAUCUUGCUUUUCCUGUCGCGUGAUCAUCUCAAUGGUAUGCACAAAGUGUUUCCGACCUUUUCGAUGGCACUUCGAGCCUUGGAAAAAAGACUGGAAGGAGCUAAAUUGGCGCGAGUGCAGCAAGACUUUACAAACCGUGAACGUUCCUUCAGUGGGGGAGUGAAUCCAAUAUCUGCCGGUACCAACAAGGCCACAUUGGAGACGAAGGUGUUGCGGUAUUUGGGUCUCGGUGACAUCAUUUUCGACCCUGAUGAGACGAGCUCCGAGAUGUGGAACCUGUGGAUCUUUGCGUUGACUAUCGCUUUGUACGUUAAGGUGAUUGGCGAAAUGACGGCUGGCGUGGACGCUAAUAACGUCGUGCAGUCCGAGGUGGUAGCCGCUCCCUUCGAAGUAUUCUUUGCUCUAGACUUUUUCUUCCACUCGCGACUGGGCUAUUACGAGUACGGCAGCAAAGUUAUGGACAUUUUUACAAUACGCGAGAGAUUCUUCCGUUCUCCACAGUGUUGGUGUGGCAUACUCGCGCUUAUUCCACUUUACACCGUAAACUGGCUGGUCGGAUGGUCGAAUCGCCACGAAAUGCUCAGUAUCAACAAGCUACUUCGUCUCUUUCAAGCGAGAAAAACCUUUCUGACAUUGGAAGAAAAGCACGCGAGUCGCACGCUGCAAGUGCGAUUGAUCAAACUGGUGUUGCUGUCCUUCAUGUUGGCACAUGCAUUCGGCUGCAUCUGGUUCAGUUUUAAGAGCUCCUCGAGAGAAGACGACGCGUGGACGCCGUCUACAUCGCUCCAGACGGCAGACAAGCAUGUCCAGUACUCGGCUCUGCUCUUCUGGUCAUUCGGACUCAUGUCGAAUUCCUACGCGGGAGAACUCCCCAAGACUGAGGCGCAGUGUUGUGUCGCCAUUCUCGUCCUCCUCUCCGGCGCCCUCCUCUUCGCUUACGUGAUUGGAAACAUUUCAGACGUCGUGGAGCUGAUCGACGCCAACUCCCGCGAGUUCAACGCCAAGCUCAGCUCUCUGCGACUGCUUUUGGCGCAUUUCCACCUUCCAUCCUCGAUCCAGGAACAACUGAAAACUUACUUUUUCUUUCAACAAUACCACACCAUCACUCAAGAGUUUCUCUUGGAGCGCUGUCUGCCACCGUCGCUGCUAACAGAAAUCCGACUUGUCCACCUCCAACCGAUGAUCUCGAAAGUCGGGUUCCUCGCUGGGAUGGAAGAUUCGGUGACGCGGAUGCUCGUCUCGCAGCUUGUACAAGCGCUCACAGUCAAGGGCCAGUUUGUAUUCCGUCUGGGCGAAGAAGGAAGCGACAUGUUCUUUGUCUUCACGGGGAUUAUUGACGUCUUGGUGCCGCUCGAGACAGUUCACCGGCGGCAGUCGCAUGACGAGAGGAUAAACGCUCUCGGUUCUCCGUCUCGAUCGUCGUUCCACACGGUCUUCCCCACUCUCGACCCGUCCAAACUGCAGUCCAGAGGCCAGUUGAAGAAGGUGAACGAACUCACGUCGGGUAGCUACUUUGGGGAAGUGGCUCUCUUCACGAGUAAACCACGCAGUGCCCACGCUCGAUGCAAGACUUCCUGUGUGCUCUAUCGACUGCCGCGACGUUCGCUUGAGCUUGUUUUCGAGCGGUAUCCGGACUGGAAGCGCAAAGUGCUCAAGAUUGUCAACAUCCAACAGGAGCAGCAGCUUCUUCGGAACUUGAACAUGGAGGAGCAGAUGGAUGUGGCUGUGAAUACUUCGAAAGGGACGACUGGUAGUUUUUCGGAAACACUACCCCAGCGUGGAACGAGAAAUACCGCGAUUCGACCGCUGGGAACACUAAAAACGGCUGGGUCCUUCUUCUCUUCGUACAAAGCACAGCGUUCUGUGUCCUCCGAUACAGCAGUAGCCUCGCAAUUGGCACAGCAAAAGAAAGACGUGAUUUGGGUGGACAUGCUGCUGCAAUGUACCGACGCUCAGAGCGCAUUCCACGUCCACUGGCUGAUGGGUAUCGCAGUCGGCACAGUCUACAUGGCGCUUAUCAUUCCGCACCGUAACUCGUAUGAUGCGCUGGAAGGGUUAAGUCCCAUGCCCAUAGUCGCUCGAGCACUGGAACUUAUCUGUGAAGUCUUGUUUGGGUGGGAUAUUUGGGUCAAUUGGAACCUAAAGGACGGACUGGAAGCCAUGGAGCUGUACGAGAACAAGCAACGCGAUGCAUACCAGAAGGAGCGACUGUGGGUCGAUGUGGUUGCAGCGAUUCCGAUCGACCAUUUCCUAGCGGAUUUCUACCAGUCUCCGUUGCUGGGUUUGAAUCGAUGUCUGAAGCUCUUCAACUUCCCGCACUACAUGAGAGAGAUAAACCGCCGCAGUGUGUCGUACGAGAAGAACCGUCUCUGUACGCUGUGGAUCUUGCUGUUUGUUCUCGUGCAUUGGUGUGCGUGCGCCUACUUCUCCAUAGCAUCGGCCACGAGCACAGCUGAAACAUUCGAUGAUUGGGACAAUUGGGCUCCUCCUCGCACCGCUACGGAAAUGUCCUGGACAAACCCUCCACUUGGCUUGCUGCUGCUUCGUUUCUUGCGCGGAAUUUACUUUGCGUCCACCGCGUUUAUCAAGAGAGGGAAAGUGUUUGAGCCUUCAAAUUACGUCGACUACACGUUCUCGAUCUUCGCGGACUUUGUCGGUUUGGUGGUGGUAUCCUUCAUGAUCGGAGAGAUGGCGAACUUGUACGUCUCGUACACCAGUAACGAGGUGGAGUUUCGAAAGAACCACAUCGCUGUCGACUUGUACUUGGAGCGGUGGCAGAUUACGGGACAGCUACGAACUCGAGCGCACGCCUUCCUCUCUUCUCUGUGGAGCUCCCAUCGUGGAGUGAGCUACCAGGCGAUCUUUGACGAGAUCCCGCACGUGAUCCGAACGGAGACAAUCCUGCACAUCGCGAAUCUACCGCUGCGAGUGUUCAUUAACAACGUGUUCCGGCCAUUCGCCACCGCUCACCCUCACGAUCGUGACGUCGAGGCAAUUACACGAGCUAUAGCCCAGCACCUCAAGUACGAGGGAUAUCCACGAGACGAGUGCGUGAUCGUGGAAGGAAGCGUCUCGAAAGAAAUGUAUUUUGUCGUCAAAGGGUUUCUACGCUCUACGACCAGUGGGGGGCAUUCAGAAGAGGGAACGGAUAAGAGCUACAAGAAGGGAGAUUAUUUCGGAGAACAUGGGUUGCUGGGGUACUCUGUAGGCGUCUCGACGGUUAAGACCAUGUCAGCUUGCGACUUGCUGUCUCUAAGCUCUGAAGAUCUGCUGCAGGUGAUUCUGUCACGCCCACUCUUUCAAACAGCGCUGAGUCUAGCGGUGGAAGGAUAUCGAGACUUGUCGAAGAUGAUAGGGACAAAUCGCUCAUCAAGUGCGUCACUUGAGGACUCGGCGCAAGCAGAAAAAGAUUGGGGGAUUGUGCUGUUUCAACUCCUGAAAGCGCGAAGGAAGAAGUGGCUCGAGGAAGCGCUUUCCUUCACAAGCGGAGAUGCCGAUGACUCGUUUAGUGAGCCCUGGGUGACCUCCUCCUUAAAGCCGGGUAAGGAAGUUGGCCUCGUGACGAUUUCAUCACCUGCUGCAUGCGUGAGCGUGUUCGAGAAGCUUCUCCGGCUCAUUGCGACGAGAGGGUUGCUCGACUCGAAGAGUUUGCACCAGUCGACGGCACAGUUCCAGCACACCCUCCCUGUUCUGGCCGCUGAUUCCUCGCCACAGCGCACCGCCAGCAUGUCGGUGCCUGAGACGUCUAACACCAGGAAGACCAGCCUCGACAAGCUCUCGUACCUCCAUUGA